AUGAAGUUCACUACUCUGUCUCUCAUCCUUGGCAUCGCCAACAUCGCCAGCGCCACUCUCUACGCCGCUCCCAUCAUCGAGCAAAUCGCUCCCAAGUCCAAGAUCUGCGCUUCGGGAAACAAAGAGUGCCGCACUGCCAAGCAAGCCGCUCCCUUCCUCAUCAGCGGCUUCCAGGAGCACGGCAUCUACAACGUCAAGGAGAUGGCCGCUGUUCUGGCCCUCAUGGCCUUUGAGUCGGUUGACUUCCAGUACAAGCGCAACAAGUCCCCCGGCAGACCCGGUCAGGGCACCGCCAACAUGCAGAUGGCGAGCUACAACCUUCUGUACGCCAAGAGCAUCCCUGCGCUCAGCGGCGGCUUCGAGGGGAUCACCUCAGUCGAGGGGCUGUCGGAUAACGUGCUGAAUGAUAUGCUGGAUAAGGUCACGGUGGACAAGUACAACUUCGGCAGCGGUGCUUGGUUCCUCGCUACGCAGUGCAAGGAUAAUGUCCGACAGGCUUUCAAGGGAGAUAUCGAUGCUGCCUUUAAGCUUUACAUCGAGGAGUGUGUUGAGACUGAGGUGGAGCCGAGACUUGAGUACUUUGAGCGUGCCAAGAAGGCGUUUGGUCUUAGUGCUUAG